GCCGCUCCUUCUCCUCUGGGCCACGGAACCCGGGCCUCUCCCGCGGCCGAGCCACCUCCGCCCUCAUCGCUGUGACGAAUCGGCGCCCGGCGGGCAAGUCCCAAAUCCGGGGAGUUCUGGGGCACGUACGGGACCUGAAAAAAUCCUUGACUGUGCGAAGCACCACCGCGUCCUCACCGGAAGGUUUAUUUUUCUAAAGACAGUUGGUGAGGCCUGGAAAGGAAUUAAGAAGAGUGUUGAAAGUGCGAGUGCGGAAGCUCCGGACUCGAGGGGCGGGGCGUGCGCGGGACAAAGGGAAGCGAGGCCGGAGCUGCGGGCGUUUUUUUGCCCGCGGUGUCUCAGAUUCAUUCUUAAGGAACUGAGAACUUAAUCUUCCAAAAUGUCAAAAAGACCAUCUUAUGCCCCACCUCCCACCCCAGCUCCUGCAACACAAAUGCCCAGCACACCAGGGUUUGUGGGAUACAAUCCAUACAGUCAUCUCGCCUACAACAACUACAGGCUGGGAGGGAACCCGGGCACCAACAGCCGGGUCACGGCAUCCUCUGGCAUUACGAUUCCAAAACCCCCAAAGCCACCAGAUAAGCCACUGAUGCCCUACAUGAGGUACAGCAGAAAGGUCUGGGACCAAGUGAAAGCUUCCAACCCUGACCUGAAGUUGUGGGAGAUUGGCAAGAUUAUUGGUGGCAUGUGGCGAGAUCUCACUGAUGAAGAAAAACAAGAAUAUUUAAACGAAUACGAAGCAGAAAAGAUAGAGUACAAUGAAUCUAUGAAGGCCUAUCAUAAUUCCCCUGCCUACCUUGCUUACAUAAAUGCAAAAAGUCGUGCAGAAGCUGCUUUAGAGGAAGAAAGUCGACAGAGACAGUCUCGCAUGGAGAAAGGAGAACCCUACAUGAGCAUUCAGCCUGCUGAAGAUCCAGAUGAUUAUGAUGAUGGCUUUUCAAUGAAGCAUACAGCCACUGCCCGUUUCCAGAGAAACCACCGCCUCAUCAGUGAGAUCCUCAGUGAGAGUGUGGUGCCAGACGUUCGGUCGGUUGUCACAACAGCGAGAAUGCAGGUCCUUAAACGACAGGUCCAGUCCUUAAUGGUGCAUCAGCGAAAACUAGAAGCUGAACUUCUUCAAAUAGAAGAACGACACCAGGAAAAGAAGAGGAAAUUCCUGGAAAGCACAGAUUCAUUUAACAAUGAACUUAAAAGGUUGUGCGGCUUGAAAGUAGAAGUGGAUAUGGAAAAAAUUGCAGCUGAAAUUGCACAGGCAGAGGAACAGGCUCGCAGAAGGCAGGAGGAAAGGGAGAAAGAGGCAGCAGAGCAAGCUGAACGCAGUCAGAGUGGUGUUGUUCCAGAGGAAGAGCAAGCAACUAGUAAGACUGAAGAAAAGAAGGAAGACGAGAACAUUCCAAUGGAGACAGAGGAGCCACACCUUGAAGAAACAACAGAAAGCCAACAGAACGGUGAAGAAGGCACGUCUACUCCUGAGGACAAGGAGAGUGGGCAGGAGGGAGUGGACAGUAUGGCAGAGGAAGGGACCAGUGAUAGUAACACUGGCUCAGAGAGCAACAGUGCAACAGUAGAGGAGCCACCAACAGAUCCCAUGCCAGAAGAUGAGAAAAAAGAAUAAAUGUUGCCUUGUUUUAUGUGUUCUAAAUACUUUUUUAAAUGAAAAAAUGGUUUUUGAGUUUUAAUGGUG